AUGGAAGCGGAAGGCAGACAUAGGAGAUCACGUAGGAAAUCCAUAACCGAUUUUUUUACUUUCAAUGACAACUCGAAGCACGACGAAUUCAGGAUCGUGAAACGGAACGGCGAAUCGACUCUGAAAUGUCUCAAUCAUCCCAGAUCUGGAAGGUGCUUCUAUCCGAACGUGUACGCGUCCGUGGCGGAAUUAUCGUCGCUGUGGCUUUGUGUUAUAUUUUUAUGCUGUUUUCUGCUCAGCUGGUUUGUGUUUGCAUUGUUAUACUUUGUGGUGGCAGAAACUCGAGGUGAUCUGAAUGAAGUUGAAAUAGGAAAGAAAGAGAUACCUUGUGUGGAGGGUGCGACGGACUUUCUGGAAAUGUUUAUGUUCUCUAUGGAAACGCAGUCAACCAUUGGGUACGGGACCCGCUACGUGACAAAUGAAUGCCCAACUGCUGUUAUACUUGUAAUUAUUCAGUCGAUUCUAGGAAGCUUUCUGCAUGCAGUGCUUACCGGUGUCGUAUUAUUCAAAUUUCAAGAACCAAAGAAACGCGCGCACACCGUUCUCUUCAGUAAUGUAGCCUGUGUAAUUGAAGAUGAUGGCAAAUACUUUAUCGAGGUACAAAUCUUGAACAUGCAGCGUUCCCAACUUAUUAACCCGGAUGUCGGGGCUUUUUGCGUGAUGAACCAUCCUGACGGCAGUGGAAAAUGUCGCCUGGACGUUGACUUUAAGCCAUGCCAGGAAAACGCCCGCCUUUUCUUCAGACCUAGAAUCUAUAGACAUCUCAUAGACCAACAGAGUCCGUUCUGGGAGUUUGAACGAAAGGACUUCGAGUGCGGAAACUAUGAACUGAUCGUGGCCAUCAGCGGCGUUGACGAGAUAACGGACACUUUCGCGCAGGCGCGCACAUCAUUCUUGCCUUCUGAAGUGGUGUGGGGUCGUAACUUCAAGCAGAUGACGGCCACCAGGGAAGGCAAACGAUUCAAGCUCAAUUUCAACGAUUUCACGCGCACACAUCGCCUGCAGCGGUGCAUGGCCGAUAGCAGUGCAUCGAUGGCGUCAAGGAAUGUAUCACUCACGAAAACCGUUGAGGAGUAG